GUGCCAUGCACUGACAUCAUCGAGAAUGCAAAGGUAUCUUCUUCAACAGAUGCUGCAAUCCAGAAGCUCGGAAAGUUGUCGAAGAAACAUUCUGAGACUGGGGUACACAAAGUGCUCAAUGAGAAUGGUUGCAACGUGGAUGUCCCAGUGCAGUAUGUUGACCUUCCCUCUCAAAAGCGUUUUCCUUAUGUACUCAUGAGUGAUUGGGUCAAGUAUCUGGCUGCUUCAGACCGACUGCACUACUUGAUUGGUACAAAAAACGAACUUGAACGCCGUCAGUUGUGCCUGGAAUUCUGGCGCCGAUUUGAGCUUGUUCGUCCUCAACAUCCUGUAUUCGCCAUGGCCCGUGCCGGCCAAGUGGAGUUGGCCAACACAUGGCCAUUAUUACACCACGGGGAUGAAGGAAUGGAAGGGCGUGAAGAAUCCUGGCCAUGGGAGCAGUUCAGCACCCGACCUAAGUGGUUGGAAACUGUGGGCGUCGAACCUGGUUUCCAAUGCGUUGGCCCGCUCUUGGCAAUACUGCACGAUGAUCCCACCUUGUUCUACCAAAGCGACCUUUGGCAUAGCUUUCAUUUAGGCUGUGGAAAAAGUUUCGCAGCGUCUGCUAUUGUGAUUCUUCUUGAUAAGAUGGAACACUUCAGGUCGAUGGAUGACCGUCUGCAAGUGCUCACUUCGGAUUACAAAAGCUUUUGCAAGCGUACGCGCAAGUAUGCUUACAUCACGGUAAUCAAUCGAGACUUGCUUGGUUGGGAGCACUUCGGUGACAUGCCCCAGGGGCACUGGCAUAAAGGCUUCGUCACAACUCGUUUGUUGGAGUGGCUGGAAGAUUACAUGGACCAGAAGCACAAGAAUGACCAGGUUCUCACGAUGGCGGCUGCAAAUGCAUGCCUGCGAGGCCUCUACAUGUCUGGUGUUUGGUUGCGUUCGCGUGAAGGCCAUGCACUCGCACUGAAUGGAAUCAGAUUCCUGGCGGGGUAUGGUCGUCUUGCCAAAAUGGCAUUUUCUGCUGGCAUACGGCGAUUCGUACUACUGCCAAAGCACCAUUUUUUCCACCAUAUCAUGGUGGAUAUGAUGGGGUCGAGCAACAAUUGGGUUUUGAAUCCGCUAAUUCAUAGCGUUCAGUUACAGGAGGACUUCAUUGGCAAGCCAAGUCGUGUGUCUAGGAGAGUGUCAGCGAAAGUGCACGCUCUUCGGACGCUGCAGAGGGUCCUCUUUGCGAUGUUCGCGGAGUUCAAACGGCAAGAGAAGCCCAGGUGA